AUGGGAGGACAACUAUUGACAAUGGAAAAUAGCAGUAAUGUGAACUUGUUUCGAACUGCUAGCCCAGUCAGCAACGACGAGAGGUUCAACCCAAACAUCAAGCUAAACGAAUUGUCCAUGAAAGAGCGAGAGGCUGCCAUAGAAGAACUACAUGGUGUAUCUAAUGCUUUUAAGGAAGACCCUGCUAUCAUUCAGAGCUCUCUGAAUAACAUACGUCGGCAGCUGAGCCUCCGUGGUAUUUCUGUUUUUGAAGACGCCGAACUCCUGAAGUUCCUCCGAGCGGAGACCUUUGAUGUUGAAAAGGCUGCUGCCCGAUUCAAUCGGUCCGCAGACGCUCACCGAAAGCUUUUCGGAAAGCAAGGUCCGAUCCAAUACUCUGAUCUGAGCGAUGAAGACAAGGGGUACCUGCAAAGUGGAUUCAUGCAACUGCUUCCGAAACGGGAUAGAGCAGGGCGAGCCAUUCUGCUUUGUAUCGGAUCCAUCAAGCAACAGUUGAAAACUCCAGUCGAAGCGGAUUUGAGAUGUCUGUCAUUCUUGGCAUCCAAAGCGGCUGAAGAUGAGGAAACUCAAAAACGAGGAAUUGUCAUGAUAUGCUACGCCCUUGCUCAAAAGACUUAUGAUAGUCGGAACAACCGCCCACUGCAUUUGCUCAAAGCCUUGGGGGACUUUCCUUCACGAGUGGUUGCCACCCACUUUUGCUAUGACAACGCAAUCAUGAAGUCAUUGGUAGACUUUUUGGGCGAACACAUGGAAAGCAUGAUGUUAUGCCGCUUCCGAAGUCAUUCUGGCGAACAUGUGGAGUGUCAGAGCAAGCUGAUUUCUUUUGGCAUCCCAAACGAGUGCCUUCCUAUUGACGCCACUGGUCAGGUCGACCUUACCAACCACAAGAUCUUCUUGAAAAAAACUGAAUUGAAGGAACAACGAAUGGGUGCCAUCCAAAAUGGCCAGGUCACUUUCCACGUGGACGAAGAGCUAGCGGCUGCAACACAUACUGAAGGCGAGAAGUUCCUUAUCCCUGGACAUUUGGAUAUCAUUUUGGGAAGGGGUCAACACGCAAAGAAUACGCCGGGACAUCAGCUAUUCACACAAGCUCUUGAACAACAUCAAAAGCGCUAUGAAGCAGCACAAAAGUCACAAAAGACAAACGUUGCAGGCUUGAUUCUGCAACAGCUAAAGGCUGGUGGUUGCAGGUUUUUGAAAGCCCGUCCUGGAGGCGGCUGGGUAGAAGUAGCUGAUGAGGUUGGUAGAGAAAAGAUCAACCACGCCUUUCGCAAUCUACGAAGUGUGGCAAAAAAGAACGAGCCGUCGAAGGCAAUCGCUGCUUCGUCACAGUCACCGAUACCAAGCCUUCCUACUUCCUCUUCUUUGUCCAGGAAACGAACACUGAAUGAAGCUAUAGACUCAGGAGUGUACCCAGGGGAUGGAAAGGUCACAAAGAAUUUCUAUUCCAUAUGA